UGGGCAGGCAGCGGGGCCAUCGGCAGACGCCAUGACGGCUCUGUUGUUCCUGGGGUCUCUGCUGAUGAGUCUGGAUCUGACACUUUCGGCUCCACCAUGGAAAGACUCCAAGAAAUUUAAGGACGGACUUGAUGGGCCCACAGUGGUUCUCACUGUGGAUGGGAGGCUCUGCCAUUUUCCCUUUCAGUACCACCGUCAGCUACACCACAAAUGCAUCCACAAAAGGCGGCCAGGCUCCCGGCCCUGGUGUGCUACCACCCCCAACUUUGAUGAAGAUCAGCAAUGGGGAUACUGCUUGGAGCCCAAGAAAGUGAAAGACCAUUGCAGCAAACACAGCCCUUGCCACAAAGGAGGGACAUGUGUCAACACCCCCAAUGGCCCACACUGUCUCUGCCCUGAACACCUCACUGGGAAACAUUGCCAGAAAGAGAAAUGCUUUGAGCCUCAGCUUCUCAAGUUCUUCCAUGAGAAUGAGCUAUGGUUUAGAACGGGGCCAGGAGGUGUGGCCAGGUGCGAGUGCAAAGGUUCUGAGGCUCAUUGCAAGCCGGUGGCCAGUCAGGCCUGCAGCAUCAAUCCGUGCCUUAAUGGGGGCAGCUGCCUCCUCGUGGAGGACCACCCACUGUGCCAUUGCCCUACCGGCUACACCGGAUAUUUUUGCGACUUGGACCUUUGGGCGACCUGCUAUGAAGGCAGGGGGCUCAGCUAUCGGGGCCAGGCUGGAACUACGCAGUCGGGUGCGCCAUGUCAGCGGUGGACCGUGGAGGCCACCUACCGGAACAUGACUGAGAAGCAAGCGCUAAGCUGGGGCCUGGGCCACCACGCAUUUUGCCGGAACCCAGAUAAUGACACACGUCCAUGGUGCUUCGUCUGGAGUGGCGACAGGCUGAGCUGGGACUAUUGCGGCCUGGAGCAGUGCCAGACGCCAACAUUCGCACCUCUAUUUGUCCCUGAGAGUCAGGAGGAGUCCCCGUCCCAGGCACCAUCUCUGGCCUAUGCACCAAAUGACUCGACCGAUCAUCAGACUUCUCUGUCCAAGACCAACACGGUGGGCUGCGGACAGAGGUUCCGCAAGGGACUGUCCUCGUUCAUGCGCGUGGUGGGCGGACUAGUGGCUCUGCCUGGGUCGCACCCCUACAUCGCUGCACUGUACUGGGGCAACAACUUCUGCGCGGGCAGUCUCAUCGCCCCCUGCUGGGUGCUGACCGCGGCUCACUGCCUGCAGAAUCGGCCAGCGCCCGAGGAACUGACAGUGGUACUUGGUCAAGAUCGCCACAACCAGAGCUGCGAGUGGUGCCAGACUCUGGCUGUGCGCUCCUACCGCCUUCACGAGGGCUUCUCCUCCAUCACCUACCAGCACGACUUGGCUCUGCUGCGCCUGCAGGAGAGCAAAACCAACAGUUGCGCGAUCCUGUCACCUCACGUUCAGCCGGUGUGUCUACCCAGCGGCGCGGCCCCACCCUCUGAGACAGUGCUCUGCGAGGUGGCCGGCUGGGGUCACCAGUUCGAGGGGGCUGAAGAAUACUCCACCUUCCUGCAGGAGGCACAGGUUCCCUUUAUCGCCCUGGAUCACUGCUCCAACUCUAACGUGCACGGAGAUGCCAUUCUCCCUGGGAUGCUUUGCGCUGGCUUCUUGGAGGGAGGCACCGACGCCUGCCAGGGUGACUCCGGGGGCCCUCUGGUGUGUGAGGAAGGAACUGCAAAACAUCAGCUCACUCUGCGCGGAGUCAUCAGCUGGGGCUCGGGCUGUGGUGACCGCAACAAGCCCGGAGUCUACACAGACGUGGCCAACUACCUGGCUUGGAUCCAGAAGCAUAUUGCUUCAUAACUAACCAGGCUUUGUCCUUCCCUCCUUGUGUGCUCCUGGGAUGGGACGAUGAAUGAGGCAUGCUCGGUCACAGUGAAGCUAGUGCCCCGACACUGGGGGCACAGAAACUCAAUAAAGUGCUUUGAAAAUGUU